CAUAAUUGCUACUUCUGAUUUCAUGAAGUAGUCACAAUGUAAGAAUAUCAUGUCAUUGACAUUCUCAUUAGUUUGCUUUUAAGAGCCUCGUGGUAUUUGAGGUGAAAUAAUAAAGAUAUUUAGUUAGCAAAUAUAUAAAUUUAUAUAUAUUAUUUUUACUUACAGUCACAAUGAUGUAAUUGCAAAAUGGUGAAAUAUGUCAAAAAUGGCUACAAAGUAAGCUCCAAAGAGAGAGACUAAUGAAUUAUUUGUGUAGAAGUUGAGGCAAAGAAAAUUAUUGUAGUCAAUGUGUAAUGUGGCCCUACUGAAGUAAGGACUGGAAGUAUUAUAGAACCUCAGUGACAAUAUUAGUACUGUUUCAUCUGCAGUAGGCCCACAACACAAGUAUUUGCAUCUGAGACUGUGUGUAUAUGCACCCAGUAUUCUACAAACUAUGGAUUUUGAAUGCAGGUACAGAGGAUAAUUGAAGGUAGAAGCUUGUGUGAUUGAGAUUUUAACCGUAAUCAACUGAAAAUUAAUCAGAAUGCUUUCUAUAAUGUGACAUUGAGUGUGGGUAUGUCUCUCACUAAACCAGGACAAACAUACUGAAAGGAGAAUUUAAUUUUGGCAAGUUUACUGUACCAGUACCACUGAAAAUACAUGCAUGUUGGUUGUGCUGUGGCUUCCAAAGAAAUGUUGAAGAUUAAAAUAAAGCUUGGAUACUUUAAUACAAGUUGAUGUGUGACAUUAUGUCACUACUUAGUGAAUCACAUUUAGCUGAAUACAAGAAGACAGUAAAGAAAGAUUGGGUAAUACCAGCGUGUCGGUUGCUUGAAAUCGUAAAGCGGAAUGAUGUUUACGCCAUUGCAUAUGAUUCUCUGUGGAUGCACUCCACUGACUUAUCGAACGCAACUUACACCUCACAUGUAACUUGCAGAUGUUAUUAUAAAAUGAGCUGUAAAAGACGUAAUGAAGACGAACAGAAGAAAUAUGCAAAGAAAGCUGCGAAUUUUUGGUCAAUGGGUCUUUUGUCUUCUAUGAAGGACCCUGAACUUUUAAUGAAGGAGGAUGAUAAAAUAGUGGCUAUAAAGGAUAAAUAUCCAAAGGCCCAUUAUCAUUUCUUGGUUCUGCCAAAGGAAAAUAUAUGCAGUUUGGCCAAAGUCACAAAGGAUCAUCUACAGCUUUUGAAGCACAUGGAUAAAGUGGGUCAAGAGCUAGCAGAAAGUCAUCCAACUUCAAACUUUAAGUUAGGCUAUCAUGCAGAAGCAAGUAUGAGUCGGCUCCAUCUACAUGUUGUCAGUGAUGACUUCAACUCCACUUGCCUUAAAACUAAAAAGCACUGGAAUACAUUCACAACAGAUUUCUUCGUGCCAUCAUCCAAGAUCAUUUCUGAAGUUGAGAAGCAUGGAGAGGUAAUAUUUAUAACAAAAGAUGAAAUCAAGAAAUUUAUGGAUACACCUCUAAAAUGCCAUAAGUGCAACUUUCUUGCAAAGAACAUGCCAUCAUUGAAGUCUCAUAUACUGAUACACCUGAAAAAACUUUUGUAAAUAAUUAACUCACAAUGUAAAAGCCAGUAAAGACUGUUUAAACUUG